UCACUCAGUCUACUACUCACCAAUCUGCCACCGUCUGCCUGGUGAACAACCCUGCGUACACACCAGAACAAGGACCGCGCGCGCUUUACGCUUCCUGGCAGCUGAGACUGAGAUGUUCCUUCCUUCUUCCCUCAAUCUAGUACUCUACCAUGGGCGCGCACAAGUACCACACGGAGAACCAUUUAGGUAGGAGGCCAUUGCUACUCGAUUCGACCUCAUCAACUAGCUGCUGUAGUUGCUGCUUCUUAGCUUCCUCGCACCGGCCAGCAGCCAACCAUUCCAGGACUGUUACGUUCUUGCAUAAAAGAUCAUCUGUUUCGCUAGCUAGUCCGUUAUCGAUUUAGGGGAGAGCUUUUGAUCAGCAGCUAGCUAGCAUCCAAUGGAAGUGUUGGUUGAUGAUGUCUGGUAAUAAGGUGUGGUCCGUGGGUGGAGACACAGGUGCUGGCAUGUAUCCGCAGAUGGUAUACCAUGCAGAUGUGCGGGCGAGGGAGAUGGAGUUGGCGGCGGACAGGCAGCAGAUGGGCUGCUCUGCUUGCUCCCCCUUGGGAAGGAUGAUAUCGAGCAUGAUCACGAGAUCCAACGGACGCGAAAGGCGCGUCAGGUACGACGAGAAGAUGGACUACGCCAUGGCGUACGCACCCGCGCAGACGUGCUACGUGCGCCCAACCGCGCGCACCGUCACCUUGGCCACCAGCAACAGCCACCACCACCACCAGCCCCACGCCGUCCAGCCGGAGCCGCCGCAAGUGCACGCGACGGCGACGACCCUGCCCGGCACGCCGUUCCCCUCCACGGGCGCCCCUCCUCAGGCCGCCCGCAAGCCCAAGAAGAAGAAGAAGAAGCGCGUCCGGUUCACGCCGUCGGGGCCGGUGCCCGCGGACGACGACGACCAGCAACCGCCGCAUCACGCGCAGCACCACGCCGCGACGGUGGCGAGCAGCGGGGCUGCCGGCGGCACAGCCGGCGCGGCCUACCACCACGGUGCAGCCGAGCCGCCGUCGUACCACCCAUCCCCUGCUCACCUGCCGGCACACGGCGGGCACGGGUGCGCGUACGGCUACGGCCGGUACGCGCCGUCGCCGCUGCCGCGGUGGGAGACGCCGGCGGGCACGCCGAGGCGGCACGAGUACUUCUCCGGCGAGUACCGGUGGUACUACCCGACGCCGGUGCGCGAGGGCAUCUACAGCAUCGCCACCGACGCCAACGGCCGGCUCAGCACCAUCUUCAGCGAGGAGAACCCCAACGCGUGCACCAUCGUCUGAGCAUAUUGAAUAAUGUUCAUUCGGUGGUCGAAUCAUAGAAUAAAAUGACUUCUUAAUUUCUUGCUUUGGACAAUUAAAGUAGUCGACUAAGUAGGAGAUCAAGGAAUAUGGUUCUUGUAGUUAUGUACAGAUAAUAUGAGCUACUAAGAUUGGUGAUGAAAUGGAUUGGUUGGAAUGUUUCGAUGCUUCGGCUUA